AAAAGUAGCCUCAAACUCCAAUUCUGCAGCUGCCUCAGGUGAAUGCAGUUGCAUCGCUCGUCUUCAUCGCUCAUGGACUCACCCAACUACCACUUGUCCCUCCUCUCUCUCCUCCUUAUUGUGUUCAUCUCCGUCUCGGUCUCAGAGCAAACUCAAACUGCUGGACAGAACGAGCAAGAGAAACACCACAGGCAUGUCUUUCGCCCAACCAGUCUAUUCGUUUUCGGGGAUUCAUAUGCCGAUACCGGCAAUACCAGGAAAGGGAACUCAACUGCCUGGAAAGUCCCAUACGGAACAACCUUUCCGGGCAAACCCGCCGGUCGAUUCUCCGACGGCCGAGUCCUGACCGACUACGUUGCUAGGUACUUGGGGAUGAAGGCGCCGGUGGCCUACAGAAUGAGGAAGAUGAUGAUGGAGAAGAAUACGGAGAAAGGAAUGAACUUUGCUUUUGGGGGUGCGGGAGUGUUCGAUACAGAUAAUGGAGCGCCAAAUGUUUCCACUCAGAUUGAUUACUUGGAGCAGCUAAUGAAACAUAAAGUGUUCACCAGCGCCGACCUCACCAACUCGAUGGCCCUCGUCUCCCUCGCUGGAAAUGAUUAUGCCCAUUACGUGGCCACUAAUGGCUCCUUUCAGGCCUUACCGUCGUUCAUUGCGUCAGUAGUGAAUGAGACGAGUUUGAAUCUGAUGCGCAUCCAUGAGUUGGGAGUGAAGAGAAUCGUCGUGACUGCUCUGGGGCCAUUGGGUUGCCUUCCCGCCAUCACCGACUUAUUCUCAUUCACCCACUGUUACGAUACCUUUAAUAACUUCUCAACUCUCCACAACCGCCUCUUGAAUCAACACAUUUUACGACUCAAUCGACUCACCCGCAAGCACAACCAUUCCCCAACCUUCCAUGUUCUCGAUCUCUAUGCUAGUUUCACGUCAGUUUUGAGCCACCCCUCCACCUAUAAUAUUCACCAACUCUUCAAGCCAUGUUGCGUCGGAGUUAACAGUUUGUAUUCGUGUGCAAGUGUGGACGACAGUAACGUGAAGAGAUAUAACGUCUGUGACAAUCCCAGAUCGGCUUUCUUUUGGGAUUCGGUUCAUCCCUCAGAUGCUGGAUGGCAUGCGGUGUAUACUAAGCUGAGAACCAUGAGGAGUUUUCAAAAGCUUCGAACUAACCCCUAAAGAUGUGGUACGUGUCAAGGAAAUUGAUAGAGGAACAAGUGGCCGACCUGAUUUGGUCUUUCAUUUGUACGUCGUAUCUUGUAUGUAUCCCUUUAAUUUUCAGUUGUUAGCAGUGAACAAAAAAACCGGUUUGCACAAGCCGGUUUAACUG